AUGAAUGCAGUAAGGCAGGAUCCUAUACUUAAGGCAUGUUUAGGUGGGAAAAGAAACUUAGAGUGUUAUGGGAGUCUGUUUGCAAUUGAGGAUGAGUCUAGGCCUCUAGACAAGUUUCCUUGGAUAUCAGUGGUUAGUGGCUUUACAGAUGUGUUUCCUGAGGAUUUGCCAGGACUACCACCUGAUAGAGAGAUCAAGUUUUGCAUUGAUUUGAUUCCUGGGACUCAACCAGUUUCUACUACCCCUUAUCGCAUGGCACCUGCAGAGUUGGAUGAAUUGAAAAAGCAAUUGGGUGAGCUAAUGGAUAAGUGGAAAAAAAAAUCAAAGAACGUUACUGAGAUUCGAAGUGUUCUUGGGUUAGCAGGUUACUAUUGUCGCUUUGUGGAGAAUUUUUCUCGAAUUUCUAUGCCUUUGACAAAGCUAACAAGAAAGGAUUUAAAGUUCAUGUGGGAUGACAAUUGCGAAGAAACUUUCAGAGAACUUAAGCCAAGAUUGACUACGGUGACUAUUCUCACUAUGCCUAAUAGUAAUGAACCAUUUGUGGUAUUCACUGAUGCUUUUGGUACUGGUUUAGGUGGAGUUCUCAUGCCAAAUGGCAAGGUUGUUGCCUAUGUUUCAUGCCAAUUGAAGACACAUGAGAAGAACUACCCCACACAUGACUUGGAACUUGCAGCAAUGAUUUUUGCCUUGAAAAUGUGGAGAUAUGGAUGGACAGUGAAUGCUGAAGGAUUCUUAUACCAUAAGGGAAGAUUAGUCGUUGCAAAAAUCCCUGAUCUUAGAGAGUCUGUUAUGAUUGAGGCCCAUAGGUCUAAGUUUGUUGUACAUCCUGGAAGCACAAAGAUGUACCAAGAUUUGAAAAGACAAUAUUGGUGGGAAGUUACUCCCAUGCUUGGUGUGACGAGAUUUGGAGUGAAGGGUAAGCUAGCCCCGAGGUAUAUUGGGCCUUUCGAGGUUAUUGAGAGGGAUGAGGAGGUCGCUUAUCGAUUGAACUUACCAGCGCGGUUAGUGCAUGUUCACAAUGUGUUCCAUGUGUCGAUGCUGAGGAAGUAUACUACAAACCCAUCGUACAUCAUUGAGUAUGAGGCUAUCCCUAUUCAAGAGGACGUGACAUAUGAAGAACAACCUAUCAGAAUUCUAGCGAGAGAGUUAAAGGUGCUAAGGAAUAGAGAGAUUCCCGUAGUCAAGGUCUUAUGGCGGAACCAAAGAGAAGACGAGGCUAUUUGA